GUUGCUGUGAUUACAACCCGGAUAUCCGAUUAUCUAUGAAUAACCGGAUAAUACCUGAUCCAGGUACAAACUCUAGGUACGAGAAUGAGAAUAAGAACGAAAACUGUAACGACAAGAAUGCUGAUUUUGAGAAUGUGAACGAGAGGAUUCAGAAGAUGAAUCAGAACUGUAGUAGGAAU